AUGAUGGAUGUCCCUAAUGGCCAAUCAAAUGUAACGGCUUUCACAACAACAGCCUCUGAGAGGAGUAGCAGUUCAGAGUCUCUUAGUGAAAAGGGCUCAUCUGAGCUGAAGAAGAGUUUUGAUGCUGUUGUCUUUGAUGUGCUGAAGGUGACGCCAGAGGAGUAUGCGGGUCAAAUCACCCUCAUGGACGCACCGGUGUUCAAGGCCAUCCAACCUGAGGAGCUGUCAAGCUGUGGUUGGAAUAAGAAAGAAAAGUACAGCUCUGCACCCAACGUGGUGGCCUUCACACGCAGAUUCAACCAGGUGAGUUUCUGGGUGGUGCGGGAGAUUCUUCAUGCCCAAACACUCAAGAUCAGAGCUGAAGUGUUGAGUCUUUACAUCAGAACAGCCAAGAAACUCUGUGAUAUGAAUAAUCUCCAUGCUGUGAUGGCGGUUGUGUCUGGUUUACAGAGUGCUCCCAUCUUCAGACUCAACAAAACCUGGGCUCUGCUGAGUCGUAAGGACAAGGCCACAUUUGAGAGGCUGGAGUAUUUGAUGUCCAAAGAGGACAAUUACAAAAGGCUGAGAGAGUUCAUCAGUAGUCAAAGCAUGACAUCAUGUAUCCCGUAUUUGGGUAUAUAUUUGUCAGAUCUGACAUACAUUGACUCCGCCCACCCGUCGACUGGCAGUAUCCUGGAGAAUGAACAACGCUCAAAUCUCAUGAACAACAUUCUGAGAAUCAUCUCUGAUCUUCAGAGAUCCUGUGAAUAUGAUAUACCAGUAUUGCCUCACAUACAGAAGUAUCUAAACUCAGUGCGAUACAUUGAGGAGUUGCAGAAGUUUGUGGAGGAUGACAACUACAAACUUUCUCUGAAGAUUGAGCCAGCCAGCAGUACACCUCGCUGCACUGCUUCCAGAGAAGACCUUGCUGGCUCUGAUGCAUCUGCCUCUCCUCUGUGUGUGCGACGUGGAAAUGCCGCCGAGGGGGCGUUGGCUAAAGUCCCGCCCACUCCACCCUCCCCACGCAGUCUCCUCCCCUACGGACACAGGAAAUGCCACAGCUUAGGCUACAACUUCAUUCAGAAGGUGAACACUGUUGAGUUCAAGAGCGCCACCUUCCCCAACGCUGGCUCCAGGCACCUCCUGGAUGACAGUGUGUUGGAAAGUCAUACACCAACACGUGGACAGGCAGAGAGCUCAACACUAUCCAGUGGAAUAUCUCUGGGGAGCAGUGAAGGCUCUGAACUCAGUGAAGAGAUGUCUUGGCCAGCCUUUGAAAGGACACGCUUCUAUCACUCACUGGGCCCAGUAACCAGAGUGGGCCGCAUCUCUCAUCGGGGAGUCCUCGGGCCCAGCAGUUCGGCGGAGUCUGAGGAGCUGGCUGUUCAUCUGUACCCAGGUGCAGUGACAGUACAGGGUGUUUUACGCCGAAAAACCGUUCUCAAGGAGGGGAAAAAACCAACAGUAGCGUCAUGGUCUAAGUACUGGGUAGCUCUGUGUGGUACCCAGCUCUAUUAUUACCCUGCCAAAUCUCUCAAAGCCAGCGAGAGGAAGCAUUUUAAGUCCACAUCCAGUAAGAGUGUGUCAGUGGUUGGGUUGAUGGCUAUGCUGGCUGAUGAUCCAGAACACCCUGAUGUCUUCCUGCUGACUGACUCGGAGCACGGAAACUCUUACAAGUUCCAGGCCGGAAAUAAGUCGAAUGCUCUACUGUGGUUUAAACAUCUGAGUGCAGCAUGUCAGAGCAACAGACAACAGGUCCCAGCGAAUUUAAUGUCCUUUGAGUAAGUGAUGCUGCAGAAGAGCUGAAGAUGAAGGGAUGCAAUAGAGAGGGAGAAGAGAAGAAACAGGUUGUUGAGAAGUGGAGGAGAGGGAAGAAAAAGUAAAGACUGCUUUUUUGUGGGAGCUUUCCACUGCCAUGACUCUGCCUCAAUACAACAGCAAUGUCCCGCCCACCACCGGCCUU